GACCAACAAAAGUACUACAUGUCAAGCUUUAAUUUCCAAGGCUCUCGAGUACUCUCGUCCCUGGCGACUCGCGGGCGGAUAGUAAUUGGAAGUGGAAGGAUAGAGCCAUCGAUGAGUUUCUUAUUUCUCUGCAACGCGAUUGGCCUGGAGACGACGUCAGAUCUAGCCGCGCCUGGCAAGACCGGACUGGAAAGGGGGAAGCCGAAUCUCCGAUAGCGAUGGCUCGAGAUAUAAAACUGGCCCCUCUCCCCUUUCCAACUCUCUUCCCCAACCAUUUCGCUACUCUCAUACAUCCAUCAUGCCAGUUAAAGUAGGAAUCAACGGUUUCGGUCGUAUCGGUCGUAUCGUGCUCCGUAAUGCCUUGCUUCAUGGAGACAUCGAUGUCGUCGCCGUGAACGACCCCUUCAUUAACCUUGAUUACAUGGUCUACAUGUUCAAGUACGACUCCGUUCAUGGUCGCUUCAAGGGCUCCGUUGAGGCCAAGGACGGCAAGCUCUGGGUCGAUGGCAAGCCGAUUCACGUCUUCGCUGAGCGUGAUCCUGCCAACAUCAAGUGGGGUGACGUCGGUGCUGAGUACAUCGUGGAGUCCACUGGUGUCUUCACCACCACCGAGAAGGCCUCUGCCCACUUGAAGGGUGGUGCCAAGAAAGUCAUCAUUUCUGCUCCCUCCGCUGACGCACCGAUGUUCGUCUGCGGUGUCAAUCUCGAGGCAUACGACCCCAAGUACACCGUCAUCUCCAACGCGUCCUGCACGACCAACUGUCUUGCACCCCUCGCCAAGGUCAUCAACGACAAGUUCGGUAUCCUCGAGGGUCUCAUGACGACCGUCCACUCGACAACCGCUACCCAGAAGACCGUCGACGGUCCCUCCAACAAGGACUGGCGUGGAGGUCGUGCUGUUGGUAACAACAUCAUUCCCUCGUCCACCGGUGCUGCCAAGGCCGUUGGAAAGGUCAUUCCUUCGCUCAACGGCAAACUUACCGGCUUGGCCUUCCGUGUACCCACUGUCGAUGUCUCCGUCGUUGACCUUGUCGUCCGUCUCAAGAAGGAGGCAACCUACGAGGAUAUCAAGAAUGCCCUCAAGGAGGCUGCUGCAGGACCUCUCAAGGGCAUUCUCGAAUACACCGACGAGAAGGUCGUCUCGACUGACUUCACUAGUAGCAGCGCGUCCUCGAUCUUUGAUGCCGAUGCUAGUAUUCAGCUUAGCCCCACCUUCGUCAAGCUUAUUGCCUGGUACGAUAACGAGUGGGGUUACUCCCGCAGUGUUUGCGACUUGCUUGUGUAUGCUGCCAAGAAGGAUGGUGCUAUCUAAGUAGGUUGGGCGAGUAUAGUAUACUGAGAAGGAUCAGAAUUUAAAGAAGUGUAAAAUGGACAACUAUAUGUGUACUUGUUCUGUUGUUGGCUGUCGUUUCCGUUCCGUUCUGUCUCAGCUGGAAAGCAAACAUAGAUCAUUUCUGCUUC